CGGUUCUUCUCUGCAGACCUCCAGUGGUCCUACCUGUUCCUCGGGUCUGCAGUCUCUGGUCUUCUGUACUAUGUACGCAGUCCGCAGUCUUUGGUCAUCUCUUGUACUAUGUCCGCAGUCUCUGGUCAUCUCCUGUACUAUGUCCGCAGUCUCUGGUCUUCUGUACUAUGUCCGCAGUCUCUGCUCUUCUGUACUAUGUCCGCAGUCUCUGGUCAUCCCCUGUACUGUGUCCGCAGUCUCUGGUUAUCUCCUGUACUAUGUCCGCAGUCUUUGGUCAUCUCCUGUACUAUGUCCGCAGUCUCUGGUCAUCUCCUGUACUGUGUCCGCAGUCUCUGGUCUUCUGUACUAUGUCCGCAGUCUCUGCUCUUCUGUACUAUGUCCGCAGUCUCUGCUCUUCUGUACUAUGUCCGCAGUCUCUGGUCAUCCCCUGUACUGUGUCCGCAGUCUCUGGUCUUUUGUACUAUAUCCGCAGUCUCUGGUU